CUGUUCUUGUGCAAUAAGUAUAUAACUUCUCCUAUAAACAAAAUAGUUCUUUCGCAACAGGCUACGUUGCAAGAUGCUUCGACCACUGCUUGUGUUGAGCAUUUUGAGCAUUUGCUCAGCCCGCCCUAAUGAUUUUUUGCUGCAAAACAUAUUAAGAGCGCUUUGUGAAGAAGGGCAAGUAAGAGUUGACGAUGUUUGUCGUGAUAUUUCGGACAAUAUAGCUGAUGCACCAUUAAAUGCACCUAAUUUGGGACCACAGAACAUGAUAACCGUCCCACCAAACUGUCCUCCAGGUCAAGAGUGGAUAAAUGGACAGUGCCGUGACGUGUGGAGAGCAGCAGCUUCAGCACCUGAUUUGGAAACACAGAACAUGAUAACAGUCCCAAAUAACUGUCCUCCAGGUCAACAGUGGAUAAAUGGACAAUGUCGUGACGUGUGGAGAGGAGGAGAUUUAGCGGAUUCGGAGGAAUUCCGAAAAUUACUGGAAAGUAUGUGGCCUAAAAGUGCCUAUGUACGAAAUUCUAGGCAAGUUGAAGACUAUGAAGAUAAUAUAUUAGCAGAUUUCAAUAUUGAAGAUGAUCCGACCAGAAACAUUAUCAGCGUACCGAACCAUUGUCCUGAGGGCUACAAACCUGAUGCCUACGGGAUUUGCCGAAGACAACUUUAAUAUCCUUAAUAUUUCACUUAAUAAAAUUUUAAACUAAAGUACCUGUAUUACUACCAUACUAUUUACUUAGGUAUCUGAAAAUGGAUGAAACAUUAAAUGAUGAUGAAACUUUGCAAGUUAACCCCGUUGAUUUGGAAGCCGAUAAAAGUGAGCUUGCGUCUGGAAAAGUCCCAUUUAGAAUAACAAAUGUACCCAAUCAUUGCCCUCG